AUGUCAAAGUGCAGGGAGAGCGCCAUGUCACGAUCAGAGUUAACAAGGGAGCUCUUGGGCCAGUACAUCUCAGACACCCUCAGCAACAUUCACACAGUGAGGGAGUUCUGUGACAGGCAUUCCAAAUGGGCCCCCCAGAGGCAGACAGAACUGGAAAUGAUGAGGGACAUCAAGGAGAGGGCCGAGAGAAUUGACCUUAAGUUCGACCAUGUCCGUAACUCAGCAACCAAGGCCAAGGCGUUUGGGGAGUUCGUAUGGAGCGGUCUGACCCAGGUGACUGCAGACAGUAGGCGUGAGGAGCUGGAGAAGGAGCUGGGAGCUGUACUAAAGGACACUCUGGGAGGCCUGGAGAAGCUGGAUUACUUCCUGGAUGCUGUGGAGUGUCUGGCGGUCACCUGUCUGUUGGUGUUUGAGGAGAACAGGUUCCUCUGUCUGCCUCGGGGGACGAGCCCUGCCAGUGUUCAGGCUGUCAUCAUUGCUGCCAGAAUGGCCUGCCCUCUCCUCAUCUGUUUUAAGAGGGAUGCUAAGGCUUUCUUUAUGCCCAGCCUCCUCAAUGUAGAGGUGCUGGCCUGCCAACUGGUUAGAUACAUAGAAAUCAGCCAGCAGGUCUGUAAAAGGAUGGAGAAGGGAUUACAGAUCAGACAACAGCCUGAGAGUGAACUUGGUAACUCAGUCAGUCAAAUGAUGUUUUGGAAAAAGAGGAAUGACAUCCCUGUGGUCAACCUUGGUGGUGUGAGUGAAGAGUCCAUACAAAAUAUGCUCCAACAUUUGAAUCAGCUGAGCGAGAUCAGGAUGGACCUGCAAGUCAGACUGACGUUCCUGUUCAAAGAGGCUGCUCAGCGCUUCAUUUGCCGGUUCAGCCAGCGCCGACCCAGGAUGGAGCAGUUUCUGACUGAGCUGGAAGAAAAUGCUAUGCAGCUGGACAGGAUGAAGCUGGGGGCUAAGAUCUCCAGUGUGGCAGGCAGCUCAGUGGGUGCGGCUGGAGGAAUCCUAUCCAUCGUGGGCCUAGCCCUGACCCCUGUCACUGCUGGGGUGUCACUGGCUCUCACCAUUGCAGGGCUCAGCCUGGGGGUCACCAGUGGGGUCAACAGUUUAACUACUGGUAUCACAGAGAUGAAGGUCAAUAGCAUCCAUGAGAAGAAAGCCAGUGACAUAUUCCUGAAUUUCAUGGAGGAUGUGGAGAGUCUUCAGGAGUGUCUGGAGGAUGUGGCCAGGAAUAUAGAGCCCAUCCUGGGGCAGAGCACGGUGAACAUGGUUGGAGCAAGGAAGGUGAUUGCCACCACUUGGACCAUCGGAAAACGCAUUGACUCCCUAGUUGACCUUUCCUCAGGUUUUAAGUCUGCAGAAGUCCUUAGAAACAAAGAUCUGAUCUCAAGCGCUGGUAAGUUGGCGCUCCAGGAAGGCAAAGUAGCACGAAACCUACCCAAGCUAGCCGAGGACAUCCCGGACAUUGGACAGGUGGCCAAAGGCACCCCACUAGCCCUCUCCAGCUCGGCGCGGGCUGGUUUUAUCACUCUCAACGCCCUCUUCAUUGGCCUGGAUGUCUUCUUCAUCUGUAAAGACAGCGUCAGCCUGGCCAAAGGCAGCAAGAGUGAGAGAUCCCAGCUCAUCCGUGCCAGAUCAGCAUUGUGGCGCACAGAGAUGGAGUCCUGGCAGAGGAUCCAUGACUCGCUGUGUAGAGGUCUAUUAACAUUAGAGAAAAGUCAGAUUGUCCUGGAGCAGCCAUUUUACCCUCUGGAGGAGAAGCUGAGAGGGAAGAAAUCGAUGUGUAUGACACAGUAG